UUAUGUAAUAAGUUUCAAGCGCCGCCACCAUAGUUGGUCUUAGUCUUGAAGUAGAGAGGGAUAUUGGGAGAACCAAUAUUCAUUAGUUUCAGAAAUUAACCAGAGAUCUCUCAGAGGAGAAAUAAUUUUCUUUCAACAAAGAUGGCAUCAGAGUUUCAAUUGCCCCCAGGCUUCAGAUUCCAUCCAACGGACGAGGAGCUCGUGAUGCACUAUCUCUGCCGCAAAUGCGCCUCGCAGCCCAUCGCCGUUCCCAUCAUCGCCGAAAUCGACCUCUACAAAUACGACCCUUGGGACCUUCCCGGAUUGGCUUCUUAUGGAGAGAAAGAGUGGUACUUCUUUUCACCACGGGACCGGAAGUACCCAAACGGUUCGAGGCCGAAUCGGGCGGCGGGAACCGGUUACUGGAAGGCAACCGGGGCAGAUAAGCCCAUUGGUCACCCGAAAGCGGUUGGGAUCAAGAAAGCUUUGGUGUUUUACGCUGGGAAAGCUCCGAAAGGGGACAAAAGCAAUUGGAUCAUGCACGAGUAUCGUCUGGCUGAUGUAGAUCGGUCCGUUCGCAAAAAGAACAGCCUAAGGUUGGAUGAUUGGGUGCUGUGCCGUAUCUACAACAAGAAGGGCACGAUCGAGAAAUUACAACCGAGCAGUGAUCCAGUUGUGACCCGGAAAAUCGAAUCCCCGGAGAUCGAAGAGAAGAAGCCGGAGAUUCUGAAAAGCGGAGGAGUUCUUCCGCCGGCGCCGCCGAUGACUGACUACAUGUACUUCGAUCCGUCGGAUUCAAUCCCGAAGCUACACACGGACUCGAGCUGCUCAGAGCAGGUGGUUUCGCCGGAAUUCGCCAGCGAGGUGCAGAGCGAGCCGAAGUGGAACGAGUGGGAGAAGAGCCUGGAGUUUCCAUUCUACAUGGAUACCACUCUGAGCAACGGCUUCACCCAAUUCGCGAGCAAUAACAAUAACACCAACAAUAAUAAUCAGAUGUCGCCGCUGCAGGACAUGUUCAUGUACUGGCCCAAGCCCUUUUGAUUUUCACACCCCCAACAAUAUUCCUUCGAAGCCCAGGGCCACACACAGCAGCACGCAUUCGCAUUGCACGGCAGCACGAGACUGAAGGUCCAUGAGUGUGCCUGUGCGAGCUCGCACACGAUUAUUGAUCAGUUGAGGCUUGGGCAGAGAAAGAUCUAAAAAAGUUUGGAGGUUGUGUAUGUUGGUAUGUGAUGAAGACAAUCGAACGGCGCAUGAUGGAGCUGUCUCUAGUAGUAGCAUGUGUACAGCUAUUGUAGAACGUAGAUAGGUACACUACAGGUUGUUGUCAUGUGACAGAAGCUCUCUCUUUCAGAAGGUCAAUUCGGUCCUUCUAAUUUAUAUAUGUUAUGAUUAGUAUUAGUAUGAGUAUGUGUUAAAUCUAAUUAAGUACCUAGCUAGGCGUGUCUUUUUAAAUUCAGUGCAGUGAUAUCACUCUGUUUACUUCUCAAUAUUAUUAUAUUUAAAUGUACUAAUGUAAUUAAUAGUCUAAAACGAGUUUAGUUAUUGUUGAUCAAAUAUACCAAUACAGUUUCUCCUGCUCCA